GAAAACUUUGAAAUAAGUCUUUGAGGCUUGCUCCAGAUGGGAGUGUCAAAUCUAUCUCAGAGUGCCAUAGUCCCGCCUCACAGUGUGACUUGAGGGUAUAAAAUGAAGGAAGUUCACAGUAUGCGGGACGCAAUCUGCAGUUGGAGUUCACAUACGAACUCUUUCGAAGAAGCACACGUCUAUCAAAUGCUAUAACCACCGCUUGCACAGUCAUCGGUGUCGGUUUCAUUCCACAUCCAAGCUCGAAGCUUUCCUCCAGUCAGCCGGCCACACGGAGCUCACCAUGGCCGGGGAGGGCUCCGACCAGCGGGCGCUGCAGUAUGAACAAACUUUGAUGUAUGGGCGCUACACCCAGGAGCUGGGGGUGUACGCGAAAGAAGAGGCAGCUCGGCUGAGGGAGAGUGGACAGAGGCGAUCAGUCAGUGAGAGAAGCCGGAACUUGGACCUGCUGGAAUACGACAAAGGACGCUGUGCCAAGUGUCGCAGAUCAGGGUAUCCAUAUGUUCUGGAAGCACCAGCCCAGGACUUUAUCUCUGUUUGCACAGUUCGCUGCCAGAAGUUCCUGAUCUCACGCGUCGGGGAGGACUGGAUCUUUCUCAUCUUGCUGGGACUACUCAUGGCGUUGGUCAGCUGGGUGGUGGACUUCUGCAUCGCCAUUUGCCUCCAAGCACAGAAGUGGAUGUACGGUGGCCUGGACAGUAACGUUUUCCUGCAGUAUUUGGCCUGGGUCACAUACCCUGUCGUCCUCAUCACCUUCUCUGCUGGCUUCACUCAGAUUCUUGCUCCACAGGCUGUCGGUUCUGGCAUUCCCGAGAUGAAAACUAUCUUGCGAGGAGUAGUGCUGAAGGAAUACCUCACCUUCAAAACAUUUGUGGCUAAAGUCAUUGGCCUGACCUGUGCCUUGGGCAGUGGAAUGCCGCUUGGCAAGGAGGGUCCGUUUGUUCACAUUGCCAGUUUGUGUGCCGCUCUCCUCAGCAAGUUCAUGUCUCUGUUUGGAGGAAUUUAUGAGAACGAGUCGAGGAACAUUGAGAUGCUGGCAGCAGCCUGUGCAGUGGGAGUGGGUUGCUGUUUUGCUGCCCCAAUCGGAGGUGUAUUGUUCAGUAUUGAAGUAACAUCAACAUUCUUUGCGGUAAGGAACUAUUGGAGAGGGUUCUUUGCAGCAACCUUCAGUGCCUUCAUUUUCCGAGUGCUUGCUGUUUGGAACAAAGACGAAGAGACCAUCACAGCCCUUUUUAAAACUCGCUUCCGGCUAGAUUUUCCAUUUGACCUCCAGGAGCUUCCUGCUUUUGCUGUCAUUGGAAUUGCCAGUGGUUUUGGUGGGGCUUUGUUCGUCUACCUCAACCGACUGAUUGUCCAGUUUAUCAGGAAACAGAAGGCCAUCAACAGAUUCCUCAUGAAAAAACGUCUUCUGUAUCCAGCACUGGUAACUCUACUUGUUUCCACGCUAACAUUUCCCCCUGGCUUUGGACAGUUCAUGGCUGGCAAGCUGACACAGAAGGAAUCUCUGGUGACGUUACUUGACAACCGGACUUGGGCCAAGCAGGGAAUUGCGGAAGAGUUUGACUACAUUGGACACUCUCAGGCAUGGAAACAUCCGCAGGUCAACGUCUUUGUCACGCUGGUUCUCUUCAUUGUCAUGAAGUUCUGGAUGUCUGCCCUUGCCACAACAAUUCCAGUACCCUGUGGGGCAUUCAUGCCAGUAUUUGUUAUAGGGGCAGCGUUUGGUCGCCUGGUGGGAGAAAGCAUGGCCGCAUGGUUCCCAGACGGUAUUAACACAGACGGCACCAUCUACCCCAUUGUACCAGGAGGCUAUGCUGUUGUAGGUGCAGCAGCCCUGUCAGGAGCAGUCACCCAUACAGUUUCCACUGCAGUGAUUGUGUUUGAGCUGACUGGGCAGAUUUCUCACAUCCUUCCUGUGAUGAUCGCAGUGAUUCUGGCCAACGCUGUAGCACAGUCCCUGCAACCCUCCCUGUACGACUCCAUCAUCCGGAUCAAGAAGCUGCCAUAUCUCCCAGAGCUGGGCUGGGGGCACCAUGAAAAGUACAAUAUCCGUGUGGAGGACAUUAUGGUGAGAGACGUGCGCUACAUCACGCUCAACUGCUGCUAUAGAGACCUGCAUAAUGUCCUUCUGACGGGUCACCUCAAAACUCUGGCUCUGGUGGAAUCAGCUGCGUCCAUGAUCCUCUUGGGUUCCAUUGAGCGUGCUCAGCUCCAGUCGCUGCUCUCCCUCCAGCUUGGUCGCCCUCGCCGCCUCGAUUUCAUCAGAGAGCGGGACGCAGCAGAGAAGAAGCGGAUGUCUGUUGUGUCCAACUCUGAGUGCGAGGAUGACCACCUACAAACAAGUCAGGAGGUCCGCUUCCAGAUAUCCACUGAAGAAUCAUCUCUCAGCCCCACUCGUCCAAUUCCUCAGAAGCCCCUUAAACCUGCUCUGAAGAGGCCCUCGGUUGUAGAGCGGCCCACUGAUAUCCCCACCAGUCCACAGGACCAGUCGGGCAACGCGCUAAAGAACCUGUUUUGCGCCAGUCCAGAUGCAGAACUCAUGGAGAAAAACAACAACGUGGACACCCCCACGUCUCCUGAAAACAGGAGGCCAUCAAAACGUGUCCGGAUAUCCGUUGUGGAAGAUGGAGAUGUGGAAGAUGACAUGACUCUCAGAGAGAUUGCAGAGUGGGAGGAGAUGCAACUUGAUGAGCAGGUCAACUUUAACAACUGCAAGAUUGACCCCGCCCCAUUCCAGCUUGUGGAGCGCACGUCGCUACAUAAGACACACACCAUAUUCUCCCUGUUGGGCCUGGACCACGCCUACGUGACCAGUAUUGGACGCCUCAUUGGUGUUGUUUCCCUCAAAGAGCUUCGUAAAGCCAUCGAGGGCUCGGUUACAGUGAAAGGUGUAAAGGUGCGUCCACCUCUGGCCAGCUUCCGGGACAGCGGCACCAGCAGCAGCGAGAACGAUGCCACUGAGCUCCACAAGCUGUGGAGUCGCCAAAAGAGUGUGUCACUGCCCCGCGAGCACACCCCGUCAGAGUCUGACGAGAAGUCCCAGUGAGGUACUGCGCAAACGGAGGACAUGUUGAGGUCCUACAUUCCCUAAAGUCAAAAACAUGCAAAAUUCCUCAGGGCUACGAAUCAAUAUUUCAUUGUGGAAAGAUUUCUACUUCACUGUCAGCCUCGUCUCCUCUCAUCCUCUUGCACCAGUGCAGCCAUUUGUGCAGGAAACUUGCACUCACCAGUCCAGACACUCCUCAGGGGAGCCAAACGCAUCUCAGCCUGUGCCCUGCUUUCUAUUCACACCUGGGAAUCGACAAGUGGUGAAUUUUUAAAAAGGGAUUUUCUUAAGCAGCCAUUAUUUAGUGUGUGUAGUCCACUGUGACCUGAAAAUACCAGUCUUCCAUUCGGUAUUCCACUUUGUGUACUGUACGUUUAAGUGUAUGGUGAUAAAGUGUUUUUUUUUUGCACUAGAAAGACUCCUUGGAAUCCUACUCCCUUCAGAGUAUGGACGAGGCAAGCAGAGAUGCCCAACAGCCUGUAACCAUUUGCAUAAUGUACAGCACAGAGAAUGAAGAAGGCAAAGAGUGAUUUCAUCAUUGCCGCUGCUCAUCAAUCCACCUUGAGUUCACUUUGCUUUAGAGACACUGUAUGAUAAAAGAAAAAUAAGACAGGCUUCCACAACACCUAAUGACGAAACAGGAGCAGAAUCCACCUUAUGAAUGCAAUCAGGGUAGCGACACAAAAAGAUUUCAAGAGCUAACCAAUAGAAAGAUGCACCCAAAGAGAACUUGGAUAGGCUGCAGCACAGCCGCAACUCUAGUGAGGACAAGCGGAAUAGAAAAUGGAUGGAUGGGCCUGAAUGAUUUAAAUUUCACCUUUUUAGCCAGUCAAUUAGUAGCUCUGGCCAAUGACCAAGGAAAUUUUAGCCGUCAUUGUUUUAAUGCAUGGAUUCAGAGUCAGCAGUGAGCCUGACAUGACAGAUAAUAAGUACUGUGUUUUAAUAAUUCAUGUCUGACAUAAUGCAUGAGGUUGGGCAGUGUGCGCUCUGUUAAUGGAAAGAAAAACACUGGAAAAAAAACAAACAACAAUGCGAAAUCAUUUUAAAUGACGGCUGAAAUGGAUAAAUGAACAUUUAACGUGUCCUCCAGAAGUACUGGAACGGUGAGGUCCAUUUCUUUUUUUGCUGUAGACUGGUUUGACGUCAAGAGAUGAAUAUGAGACCAGAGAGCAACAUUUCAGCUUUUAUUUCCUGGUAUUUACAUCUGGAUCGGAUGCACAACUUAGAAGAUGUUUGAGCCCACCCAUUUUUCAUGUGAGCAUAAUUAUUGGACCAUGUGACAGACGGGUGUGUCCUAUUGCACUGAUUAUUCAAUCAAUAUUAGCACUGAAUGUCUAUGCUCACUUUGAAGUUUUUGCCUGAGUAGACUGCAUUUAGAGGCGAAAACAACAUGAAAACGCUGUCUAUGGGUGGAAAAACAAGCCAUCGUGAAUCGGCGAGACGAUGGAAAAUUAAUCUGAAGUAUUUCACAAACACCGAUCACGUAGCUUGUCCAGCCAUUUGGAACCCAAAGGUUCUCAGCUCACAGCAAGAUUAAAGGAAUUGACCUCAUUGUUCUAAUACUUCCGGAGGGCACUGUAACAUCACUUUUACCUUUUAUUGAACACUCGCAAGGCGGAGACAGCAAGGGGCGGGGAGGGCGGCGUGGAUGGGAUGCCAUUUUUUGUACUUUGCAAUGAGUUCUUUCUCGAAUUCAAUAGUGUUUCUCACCUUCUUCUAUCAAAUUGCUGGCACCCGCAAUGCGUAGAGUGCUUUGUUUGGGCGCUCGAUUCAGUACAAACAGUAGGACAAACAGACUAGUUUGUUACGCACAAUAUUGUACGGUAACCGAGACAGUGUACGAAAAGCAGUGCACAAUUUCAGCAAAUUUUUUUGUAAAAAAAAAAAUAAACUAGGGUGUUCAAAAAACGAGUUUGACUAUACACUAGGUCCCCAACUUACGAACACCCGACUAGCGAACAUUCGCGGAUACGAACACAAGCCGACUGGUCUAGAUUUUAUUUUAUUUUGCCUUGUAGUCGCUCAGUCAGUAUUUAUACAGCUACUGUACAUGCUUGACCAGAAGAGGGCACUGUGACACUGCUAAUGCAGCUUUAGAGCUAAUGGGACCAACAGAGGAAGAGUUAGGCUGGGGAGAUAAAGCUAAAUGGAAAGCUAAAUUAUACAACCCGGACAGAUCGUGUGAUUAAAGUUUAUGAAGAGUUAAUAGGCCUGCUUAAUUCUACACCACACAGAACACUACCUCUUUUAGAAGAGUCUAACCACGACGACGACCAUUUGUCCUUUUUUUCAAUAACUCCUCCUCAUUCUCCACCACAACGACGUAUGCUCGGCCACUCCUCUUCAAAGGUAAAUAACAUUUAUCAUUACGUAUUAUUAUAUCACUUUUAUUAUUGUUUUUUUCAUUAAUUAUCCUCGUUUAAUAUUACUACUGCAUCCAAACUCAUAUUUACAUACAUACACAUAUACGGUAUAUGUAUACAUGUACAUGUAGUACCUAUAUCAUUGGUAAUAUUACCUUUUCCCCGACUUAAGAGCGAUUUGACAUAAGAACGGUCAUCUGGAACCAAUUGUGUUUGUAAGUUGGGGACCUAGUGUGUGUAUAUAUAUAUAUAUAUAUAUAUAUAUAUAUACACACACACACCCACACACACUACCCACACAAAUGUUACAGUGUUACAGUGUUGGGUGCCAUGAAUACACACUUGUACCCGCUAUCAUUAUCAUUUCAGCUUUUCCGUAAUAUUUCAUUGUUAACUAUUCUCUUUCUAAGAGUGACUUCCUUUAUAUUGUUAUUUUGUAAAAUGACAGAUAAAUAUUUGUGGUGCGUUCUGUCUGGAACGUUUCGUUGCUUUCUACUGUACCUUGCAAAUACAGAAGGCAUUCCCACACACUGUAUUUGUGAUGCCAAGAGAAGCUCAUGUCUAAGGGACCGGCAUGGUGUAGAAGUACUUCACAGGUCUGCAAAUAUCGAUUGAUUAAGAGCUACUAGUAAGGGUUUCUUAGUGGCUUCCAUUGUUUCAUAUUUAUACAGUAUGUAAGUCCUACCCUAUUGCACAACUGUUCAUCUCAUUGGUGACCGUUGAGAUGGAGACUGAGGUAGCAGCGUAUUUAUUAGUGUGUAAUAAUCAUAGUUCGGGUUGGUUCUUUUGUUACGGCUGUAAAUAAUCAAACGUGCAAUAACAGACGUUCAUCUCACUUUGUAACCCUGUCUUGACUGACGAUACGAGUGCAAAGAUAACCUUAUUUUUGUAAAGAAAACCUGUAAAAGUGUAAAGAAAAUGAAUGUACACUGGGAAAACGGACCCACAAACAAGAUGUGGUGUGUGUGACGACCGCAGCGGGAGGGUUUCCCUUAGCUUUUCAUGAUAGUAAGAAUUUCACUAAACGAAGACACUGCUUUUUUUUAACCUUGAGGUACUUUGCUUUUAAGAAUGCAUCAUAUGGACAAAAUGCUUUGGCACACAAUAUGAAGUUUAAGGGCGCUUGAUUGGAUUUUUCCACUCGUCAGUCCUUUAUUGGACAUUUUCCCCAAAAUUUGAAGUCAUAGAUUAGUUCCAAAGGUCUUGGUAAGAUGAAGAAUUAAGAUUCAUGGGGAAGUCCAGCUCCUCGAUUCAUAAACAGAUGAAGAGGUGUAUCCCUAGAUGUUUGUCCAUAUGGUGGAUGAACACUCCUUAGAUUUGCUUGGGGGAAACCUUCCCUGUCUGGUUUUAUUUUAGCCCUAACUUUUUGUGAGUGUAUGAGAUUAAUCCUGCUGAACGGAUGAUGGAUGGGACUGUUGUACAAGCCCGAUGGACAAAUCACUGUUAUCAUCCUCCUUUCUUCUGAGGUCAGGUGGACUUUGAUUUAGAAACAGAUCCUUGUAUCAGUUGUUGAGGGGGGGUUCCUUUGUUCCACCUUUUAGGGCUCUUUGAGUAAAUACAGUGCAUCAUGUGGGGCCUUCAGAGCAGCAAAACUGGAGGCCAAACCAGAGAGAAAAGUUAUUUUUCACAAUGAAAAAAAUCAUCACUGUUUUGUAUAUCAAGGACAAAUAAAUGAUACUUUUAACAAGCGUCUUGUCGUCUUUUUG